AUGUCAUCUACAAUGAGAAAGGAAGUCGUAAAAAAAGAUGUCAUCCUCAAUGUGAGAGGAAAUCACCAGGGUUUUUCUUUACUUCAUUCACUCAUUUCACAUAAUUUUAUUUUUGCAUUUCCCAGCGAAAAAUUCGCGGGCGUGGAGUAUUUUCUAAGUGAAAUCUCUCUCUCUCUCUCUCUCUUUCUCUCUCGUUCUAUCUAUCUCCAUCACCCUCUCUCUCAUCCCCUCCCCCCUCUCUCUCUUCCAUCGUUGUCCACCUCGUCGAGCAUAUUGCGAAGCGAGGCUUCGGCUUCCAAGCGGCGUGCUUCUUCAGGACUUAACGCCGCCUCGCUUUCCGUCUCGACUGGUUCUGCAGAAUUCUCCAUUUCAGAAUCCUACAUAGAUUAUCUAUCUAUCUAUCUAUCUAUCUAUCUAUCUAUCUAUCUAUCUUUUAACCUGUUCAUUUCUUUCUUUCUCACUGGCGUCAUAUCUGUCUACCUAUCUCUGUCUCUGUCUGUCUGUCUGUCUGUCUGUCUGUCUGUCUCUCUCUCUCUCUCUCUCUCUCUCUCUCUCUCUCUAUAUAUAUAUAUAUAUAUAUAUAUAUAUAUAUAUCACCCGGUUCAUUUCUUUCUUCCUCGAUGUUCAUAUCUAUCUAUCUAUCUAUCUAUCUAUCUAUCUAUCUAUCUAUCUAUCUAUGUCUCUCCCUCACUAAUAUUAUCUAUCUAUCUAUCUAUCUAUCUAUCUAUCUAUCUAUCUAUCUGA